CGGGGACUUCCCUUCCCUUCCCUCCCCUCCCCUCCCCUCGCCGCGCCCGCAAGAUGGCGGCCGGCUGCCCCGGAAGCGCUCGGCGCGCGGGGAGGCCUCGAACAUGGCGUGGCGAUGCUGGGCCCGCGCUUGGGGACCGCGGGCGCACAGAGUCGCCGUGCUGCUGGAGCAGCCGCGCGGGUUCCGCCGGGCGCGGCCCCGCGCCGAGGAUCCGCGCGGUGCCGGUGCUGAGGCGCAGCCCGGCCCCCCGCCGCCGCCGCCACCGCGGCGCAGCCUCUGCCCCCCGCCGCAGCAGCCGCCGGCCCGCGCCCGCCGCCCCUCGCCCGGGCGCCUCGUGAAGCCGCUGGUCUUCGCCGUCGGGUUCACAGGCUGCGCCUUCGGCUCCGCGGCCAUCUGGCAGUACGAGUCGCUGAAAUCUCGGGUGCAGACGUACUUCGAGGAAGCUCGGGCGGACUGGAUGGAUAAGAUACGACCUCAGAAAAGAGGGGACUUCAGGAAGCAGGUUAACAGGUGGUGGAGUAGCCUGACUGAGGGUCAGCGGACUGUGACAGGUAUUAUAGCUGCAAAUGCCUUUGUAUUCUGUUUAUGGAGGUUGCCUGCUAUGCGACGGAUUAUGUUUACAUAUUUCACCUCAGAUCCCUCCUCCAGAGCCCUGUGUUCUCCCAUGCUGCUCUCUACAUUUAGUCACUUCUCUCUUUUCCACAUGGCAGCAAAUAUGUAUGUUUUAUGGAGUUUUUCCACCAGCAUAGUCUCUCUUCUGGGAUGCGAGCAGUUCAUAGCAGUGUAUCUUUCUGCUGGGGUUAUCUCCACUUUUGUCAGUUAUGUUGCUAAAAUGGCUACUGGAAGAUUUGAACCAUCCCUCGGAGCUUCGGGAGCUAUAAUGACUGUCCUUGCAGCUGUGUGUACAAAGAUGCCAGAAGCAAAGCUAGCCAUCAUUUUUCUUCCAAUGUUUACAUUUACAGCAGGAAGCGCUUUAAAAGCCAUAAUUGCAUUCGACACUGCAGGGCUCGCUCUGGGCUGGAGACUUUUUGACCAUGCUGCACAUCUUGGAGGAGCUCUAUUUGGAAUGUGGUAUGUGACAUAUGGCCAUGAGCUUAUAUGGAAGAACAGAGAACCACUGGUGAAGGCUUGGCAUGAAAUGAGGACAAAGAACCCAGGAAAAGGAGGUGGAAGAUCUAACUGAUUCUAAUCCUAGAGAUUACUUGUGCCCAAGUGGUAUAUUACUUGAAGAGAUGAGAUUGAAUUGGUUUUGAAGGCUGUUUGCUACUCCACAUUAAGCCUCUCAGGAGCUGAAGUUUCUAAUGUAAACUAGAGUUACAAAAAUGCAAAUCCAUAGAAAAUGAACUCUGACAAAGGUGGAACAAUAAAGGUUUAUAUCCUAUAGCUUUUUAGGGUAACAGUGUACAUUACCUUUUUAUUAAAGUGGGAGUAAGAAAGUGUUCCAGUGGAGCACUGGAAACUCAAUCAAAAAAAAAAAAAUCUUCAAAAUUUGGCACAACUUAGGAAGAUAAGCAGUUGGAAAACCAAGGGAGUUAAUGGAUCAUUCAUCCCCUGAUGUCUUCCAGUCAAGGCUAGAUGCUUUUAUAAAAGGCAUCUUUUAAACAAAUUGGACUGAGCAUAAGGCUAAUAUGGUGAAGUUCAGUAGUCUGUAUUAUUGAGAAAGCAGUGGUCUCUUCUGAUAAUAAACUUGAAAUACAUGAAGCAAUACUGGAAUGUUUGUACAGUUAGCUAAAGCUACAUGAUGGUUAAUGGGUCCAGCUUUAUUCAUCUGGCUGGGUUGUGUUUUUGUUUUUGUUUUUUUUUUUUUUAAUUUCUGUCUGCUUCCAAGACAACAUCACAUCUUGUUAGAAUUUAUCACAAAGAUAUAUUUUUUUUCCAGAUUACAUCCAGUGGAAUAAUGGCUUACAUUGUGGUUUUGGAUAUUUUUACCAUAAGUAAUACUGCUUUCUGUAUCUCUUUCACUGCAUUAGUCUUUUAAGUUACUAACUAAAUUGUUAGUUUCCUUUAAGGUUUUUCUAAGAAUUUCAAAACAGUAAGUUAUUUUUGGAAUGUGCAAAUUUGGAAAAGAUGAGCAGCUUCAAAAAUAGGUAAGAUGCCUGAGAUCAGUAACCACAGUAACCAGAAGUAACUGCUGAAGUAAAACUGAUCUUAGUACUACAAUUGAUGCUCCUCUUACAUAAAUACAAAGAAAAUUUGGAUAUUUUUUUGUAUGGUCCUGCAAGGAUAACUACUGAAUGCCUUGCAAGGGGUGAGGACUCUGCCCAGAUAUGAGUUGUUGGGAUCAAACCUUUAGCUCCUCCCUGUAGGCUGAAUUAAUGUCAUUCCAGACUGACUGACCUGCAGAAGAAUAUUGCAUCUGUAAGAAGCAAACAACUUGCGCCUUUUUUUUACUUUAUAACAGUGCACUGUAGAAAAUACACUUCCUGUAUUAUGCUUUUAUUGAUAAACAGUACAUAGUGCUUAACAGCACCAAUUGUAAUAAAUCAUUUAGUACAAAA